AUGGAAGUAGCUAUGGUUUUCGAAUCCCAAGCGUGGACUCCAAUCUCCACAAAACCCACCAGCAAUGAUCGAUUGUGGCUGACGUGCGCAACGCACGCGCUCUCCACGGAAGCGGAGGAAAUCAUGGGUCUGCUGCUCGGAGAUAUCCAUUACGACCACAGCGGACGAAUCCCUGUGGUUUCUGCAAAGAUUUGGGGUGCUGCCCCGCAGGUUCGGGCAGACAGGAGAAAAGAUCGAGUAGAGACGACUCCGGAGCAGUUGGCAGCAGCGUCUGCCGAGGCUGAAAGGAUGUCAGCGGCCACUGGCAUGAGGACACGUGUCAUUGGGUGGUACCACUCGCACCCGCACAUCACUGUUCACCCGUCCCAUGUCGACGACUCAAAACACCCCAUGUGCCUCUUCCCUUCCCUCUCUGUAUGGUGCCCAUCAGACGUGCGCACACAGGGCAUGUACCAGAUGCUAGACGAGGGCUUUGUGGGACUCAUAUUCUCCGCCUUCAACCGAGCCUCCUCGCAUGCGCAGGCAGGUCAAUUGCAGGCAGUGGCGUUUCAGUCCGUGUCAGCGCGCGACAAGGAGCAGCGGGAGCAGCGGUCUCGGCACACACCUGCACGGGGGCAGUGGGCACAGCUGGGCACCAAGAGGGAGCAUUCAUCCCAUCCAUCUGUUUCGGACCUUGAGCCUCAAGAGCUAGCAGUGGUGCUGGCUGCUGUGGAUGAUGACGUCCCAUCAUCUGACUUCACAGCAUGGGAGGUGCCAAUAAAGGUGGUUCCCUCGGCCCGAGCCUUCCCCUCCCUGCCCCGUGCACACGCCGUGGCACCCCUGACCCAGCUGCAGAGGAUGCUGUUGAUGGAGGAGAAGGAGGCGUAUGAAAAGGCGGUGGAGCAUGCGGGCAGGCACGGCGAGCCUAACCCUCUAGAGUUGAUUCACCACCAUGCCACCUACCAAGCUGCUCUGUGCCGCUUGAUGGAAACCUGUCUCGUCCCGGCCAUCGCAGCUCUUGAAAAUAUAACUCAGAGCAACAAGGCAGCGCUGCGGUUGAAGCAGGAGGAGCAGGCACGCGCCUCGGAGAGAGCAAGCCACGUUCAAGAACAGUUUAUCGUGCACCCAUCUGGGGCAGCGCCUGUGAUUGCAGCUGUAGCACAUACACCAAGUCCAGCGCAUCGUAAUCCUGCUGUGAUUCUGAUGAAGGUGAUUCUGGUGAAGGUGAUUCUGGUGAACGUGAUUCUGGUGGAGGUGAUUCUGGUGGAGGUGAUUUUGAUGAAGGUGCUUCUGGUGAAGGUGAUUCUGAUGAAGGUGAUUCUGAUGAAGGUGAUUCUGGUGAAGGUGAUUCUGGUGAAGGUGAUUCUGGUGAAGGUGAUUCUGGUGAAGGUGAUUCUGAUGAAUGUGAUUCUGAUGAAGGUGGUUCUGGUGAAGGUGAUUCUGGUGAAGGUGAUUCUGGUGAAGGUGAUUCUGGUGAAGGUGAUUCUGAUGAAUGUGAUUCUGAUGAAGGUGGUUCUGGUGAAGGUGGUUCUGGUGAAGGUGAUUGAUGAAGGUGAUUCUGGUGAACGUGAUUCUGAUGAAGGUAAUUCUGGUGAAGGUGAUUCUGGUGAAGAUGAUUCUGAUGAAGGUGAUUCUGGUGAAGAUGAUUCUGGUGAAGGUGAUUCUGAUGAAGGUGAUUCUGGGGAAGUUGAUUCUGAUAGAGGUGAUCCUGGUGGCGAUAAAGAUGAUGGAUUGGCGGCGCACCUCAAGUCAGUGCUGGCAGCAGUGUUGGGCGAGCUCCGUGACGUGGACACCACGGAAGCUGUCUCGCAGAUUGCAGAGCUCUGCCAACUGCUCGCAGUCACGGACCCGCACUGCCUCCCCAGCGGAGUGACUCACCUGUCCACCCGCGCAUGGCACUGCGACCAGCUGCUGCAACGGAUGCAGCAGACCCAGGCCAGCCUGCAGGAGAGGCAGGAGCAGGUCACAGCUCUGGCUGAGUGCAUUGAAAGUUGGAAGGCACAGCUGCCAUCGGACGAUGACAUCAGCAGGGCCACUGAUGACGUGGCAGACAAAAUCAGGAGAACGGCACAGGAGCAGCAGCAGCUGAGCCUGCAGCGAUCUGCCGCGCAGGGCUCACUGGAAGCUGCGGGGUACAGUGCUGACGUGGAUAUGGCCGCCCUGCUACAGCUGGCAGCGGAGGUGCAGGGGGAGGAGGAGGAGGUGGGACGGCUGCAGCAGGAUCUUGCAAUCUACUCUGAUCUGCCCACGCUGGAGGUGCAGAGGGAGGGGGAGGAGGUGGGGCGGCUGCACCUGGCAAUCUUCUCAGACCUGCCCUCGGUAUGGUGUGGUGCGGUGGACCUGCACGCACCUGCAGAGGGAGAGGGAGCGCCGGCUCUGUCUCAGAAGCUGGAGGCGUGGAGCAUGGGGAGGAGGUGGAGGAGGGCGAGGGAUUCCUGA